CCAACAUACGUCAUCAGCACUACUUCACUUUACUGGGCCGUCCUUGUUCGCACUUGGGAUGCAAACGAACUUUGUGACGAGGCCUCCCAUAUUGCUCAUUAUACAAAGUUCAGCAUUGCACCUCGAUUUUUUAAGUUCCGUGAUAGCUAUAGCUCCUCAUUCGACCUUCUCAUUUUCCUCGAAUAAGUAACCUACUACGUACUACUACUAUUGACGUGAUUACCAAAGAACAAAAAAAGCUCCGAACCAUAACGAAACCUACCCCUCCACUCAGCCCAGAAAUGGACAACCAUCCUCAAUUUCCGCUUCAACGCCACCCCUUCCCCGCUCGGGGACCUCCUCCCGUUAUCCCCACCGACGACACCGACGCCACCCCCGACGCAAGCCAGCUAACCGUCAACGACGCCCACGAUUCAGAAACAAACCCCGACGAGAUGGGCAGCUCCACCUCCAGGCCGCCACGCUACCAGCCCAGCGCGCUCGACGUGCUGGUCACCAAGGCCAUGCUGGCCAAGGGCGUGAACCUCCCGCUCGAGGUGGUGGAUUUAGUUAUGGAUUUUGCAGAGUACUGGCCGCACACCACGACGCACGUCGAUCGGCCCAGCCGGCCAAACAUAUUCGGCACCCGCCCUGACGAGAACAACUUUCUGCUCCGCACGCCGCCGGUCGGCUUCGUCAGGGUGCCCCACCCGGAACCCGAGAGGUACACCAGGGAGCCCGUCAAGGUGUUGCGACUUUCGGACGAGCACCCGGUCGAGCAAUUUCAAAAAUGGAUCGGGUCGCCAGUCCCGCCGGUGCAGCAUCCAUGCAGAAAGGUGGUUUUCACAAUCAGGAGCAGAGAUCAGGGUUGGGGUGGAGAUUCGCGACAUCAUGGCACUUACCAUGGAUCAUGGACGUGGUUUGAGGCUGGGAUAGAGAGGGUCGAUGCAAGUGGUGAUUGCGGUGAUCAUUGCCCAGAUACAACCGACCAGCCAGCACAAGACCAUGCACAAGACCAAGAAUACGGAUCGUCUUCCAGCUCACGGCCAGAAAUCUCCCUAUGUGCUCUACGAUCAAUCAGACCUCAAGUUAACUACGAUGGAGAACGCACCCAGUUUGAUUUUCCACUCAUGCCAGCAGAUGACAAGGUGCAAUGCAACAAGACGGCACACAAUGAAUACAUCACGCACGUCGUCGAGUGGCGUGCCACGGACAAUAUUGACCCAAAGUCCCCAGAGGCUGAUGACCUAGUUGAGAUUGGCCGCGGCAGAGAAUCCGGUACUGGUGAGUUUGUGAGGAAUCUCAAGCUAGGAGACACCGUGACCUUGUGGUCAAAAACCAGGUUCCAAGGCUGGGCGAACAAUGUCGAAAGUGCGACAGUGGAUGUCUAUUGGGCAAUUUGAGAGGGUGGCCACCACCGGUACUGGUUGCCCAUUGAGUCAGGUUGGCCACGCAAAAGGCACCCUACAGAUUGAACAAACCAGGUUGAUAUUAAUAUUGUUGUUGCAUGAUUACUGUUGUACUUUAAGCUGAGGUAGGCCAAUUUAUGGUGCAGCUCCACCGGGCUCGCUGUGCGUUGCUGUAUGGUAUGGGGGUACCUACAUACUGCCACAACCAUUCUUCCCUUCCAAGUUGCUCGACAGAUCGCGAUCCAGUACAUCUCAGGCUGGUAUUGUGGAGAACAUUAGGUGGUUUGACGGCUUUUCGUCCGACUAAGAGCCCCAGACAUGACGUUCAUCCUUGGCGAUCAGGAGCAAGUCGAUGACGUCAAACUAGAAUCACAGCUCCAUCGACUUGUAUAAGAAGAUGAAGAUAUCGAGGCGUUUAGCUGUUGAAGAAGGCUAGAAGGGACACCAAAUUAUACAUCAGAGAAAGCUUGCUGCAAGUCGAGAUAUCUUGCAAACAAUUGUACCAGCCCCGUCAAAUACCAAACCCACAACACCUACCACCAAAGCCAACACAUCACCAAAAUGCCUCGCGACGGAUCCGGCAGGGCUCACAACGACGUCGAGGACAAGCCCGAGAUUGCCCACGGUGCCAGCGAGCCUGGAAGCAACGUCGACAGGUCUGGCAAGGUCGCUGCUUUGCCAGAGGGAGAGAAGGGCAUGGCCAUCGAGGGCAUGAACGCAAGCGGCGGUAGCUCGCAGGGACUCAGCCGGGGACCGAACGUCGGUCAGGGCAAAGGAGGGUUAGACAAAUAAAUGGAAGUAAUACCGGAUGGACCGGAUGGAAUAUUGGCCAGAAUUGGGAAAUAUUCGUACUAUAAUAGAAAUGAGACAACGUUAAGCUAUUAAAAACAUAUGCAGUAGGUGCGAAGGAAGUAAUCAAAUUCCUAGGAUG